AUGGAUUGGACUCCCACGGACGAGGGAUUGAGCCAGCUGGCUUGCUACCUGAGAGACUCUCUCAAUGGCACGCAGCCCGACCUCCGAAGACAUGCCGAACAGAUGCUGAGUCAAGCGACUGCAAAUCCGGACUAUGCCAACUACAUUACAUACCUAUUCGCCGCAUCGCAGGUCCCUGCCGCGGUCGCCCAGGCUGGCAUUGAUCCGACUACUUACAAUGUCGUGCGGUUCUCUGCCGCCAUGAACCUGAAGAUCAAACUUGUCAUGGCCUACAACACCCUUUCCCCGGCCAGCAUUAACUACAUUCGCUCUUCCGCCCUGGUCGCCCUGCGGGAUGCGGACCGCCAGGUCCAAAGGGGUGCCGGCACUAUCAUCACGGAACUGGUGCAAAAAGGUGGAAUCUUGGCCUGGCCCGAUGUGUUACCGGAGUUGUUGUCCCUUGUGGGCAAUGCGACCGGUGAUGUCUCGAUUCCAACCCAGGAAGCCGCCAUGGCUGCUCUGUUCAAGGUCUGUGAGGAUAACCGCCGCACUCUGGACCGAGAUUACAACGGACAGCGCCCACUCGAUGUGAUCAUCCCGAAAUUGCUCGAGUUUACCACCCGUGAGAGCCCUCGGGUUCGCGCGCUCGCUAUCAACAGCAUUCAUAUCUUCCUUCCGCAGCAACCCCAGGCCUUGAUGGGCUCCCUCGACGUGUUCCUGUCGCAACUGUUUAACCUGUCGGGUGAUUCCGACACCGAGGUUCGCAAGAUGGUCUGCCAGUCCUUCUCACAGCUCGUCGAGUUUGCACCGGAGAAGCUUAUCCCUCACAUGGAGGGGCUGGUUAACUACAUCAUAAUACAGCAGCAGAACCUGGAGGACCCGGAGCUUGCGCUUGAUGCCGCCGAGUUUUGGAUCGUUGCUGGGGAGCAGGAUCUUUUGCAGCAACCGCUUGCUCCUUACAUGUCGAAAAUCAUCCCUGUUUUACUACGCAAUAUGAUCUAUGAUGAGGACGAUGUUAUUCGCUUGAUGGGUGAAGUGGAUGAUGCGGAUGCCGAGGACCGCGCCGAGGAUCUGAAGCCUCAGUUCGCCAAGACUAAGGGUGCGCGCCUAGAUUUGUCGAAACCGGGCGACCAAGCUGCCAAUGGCCAGAAGCAGCAGCAGCAGGCUGAGCAGGAGGAGGGCGAAGAUGAUCUCAGCGAGGGUGAGAUUGAAGAUUCGGAGUUUGGUGAUGACCCUGAGGGCGAGUGGACCCUUAGGAAGUGCUCUGCUGCCGCACUAGAUGUUUUCUCGAGUGUGUACCACGACCCCAUUUUUGAGGUCAUUCUGCCCUAUUUGAAGGAAACUCUUCGCCAUGAACAGUGGCCCAACCGUGAAGCCGCCGUCCUUACCCUGGGCGCCGUUGCAGAUGGCUGUAUGAAUGCAGUCACUCCCCAUCUUCCUGAGCUGGUACCCUACCUUAUCUCGCUACUCAAUGACCCCCAGCCCGUGGUUCGACAAAUUACCUGCUGGUGCUUGGGACGGUACUCGGAGUGGGCGUCACACCUGCGUGAGCUUAACCAGAGACAGCAAUUUUUCGAGCCAAUGAUGGAGGGUAUCCUCCACCGGAUGCUAGACAACAACAAAAAGGUGCAAGAAGCCGCUGCGUCAGCGUUUGCCAGCUUGGAGGAGAAGUCGGAUGACAACCUGAUUCCGUACUGCGAGCCUAUCCUUCGUCAAUUUGUUCAGUGCUUCGGAAAAUACAAAGACCGCAACAUGUACAUCCUCUACGACUGUAUCCAGACGCUAGCUGAGUGCGUCAUGACAGAACUGGCCAAACCGCACCUUGUGAACAUCCUGAUGCCUGCUUUGAUCGAUCGAUACAAUCAGGUCAACGACCAGUCCCGAGAGCUUUUCCCCCUCCUUGAGUGCCUUGGGUAUGUUGCAGCCGCCUAUGGAGACGCCUUUGCGCCCUUCGCUGCUCCCCUGUUCCAGCGCUGCACCAAGAUCAUCUAUCAGAAUCUCGAGGAGUUUGUCGCGUCACAAAACAACGAAGCCAUCGAGGAGCCCGACAAGGAUUUCCUGGUCACCAGUCUGGACCUUCUUAGUGCAAUUAUUCAGGCCAUUGACCCGCAAAAGAGUGGCGAGCUAGUUGCCAACUCACAGCCUGGAUUCUUCGACCUGCUCUGUUACUGCAUGCAGGACCCCAACUAUGAAGUUCGCCAGUCCUCCUAUGCUUUGCUGGGAGACUGCGCAAUCAGCAUUUUCCCUCAAUUGGAGUCCUUCAUCCCCAACAUCAUGCCAACUCUGAUUAAGCAGCUCAAUCUGGACAGCAUUCGGGACGAUGACCGCCACACCGCAUUCAGCGUGUUGAACAAUGCCUGCUGGUCUUGCGGUGAGAUCGCCGUGAAUGAGAAAGCACCCCUUUCUCCCUAUAUAGAAAAGCUAUACGAGGGGCUCCUGUCCAUUGUCAACAACGAGGAGAUUAUUGAUUCGGUCAACGAAAAUGCAGCCAUGGCUCUGGGCCGACUUGGUCUCUGUUGCGCGGACUCGAUGGCGCCGCACCUCGGCGAGUACGCGAAGCCCUUCCUUACGUCAAUGGAAAAGAUCGACUUCACGCGUGAGAAGGCAUCCGCUUUCCUGGGGUUCAACAAUGUGGUUAUGAAGAAUCCCCAUGCCAUGGAGGCUAGCCUCGUGGACUUUUUCAACUCUAUCUCCUCAUUUCCGGCCAAGACGCUAUCACAGGACGAAUACCGGGACAUCAAGAAUUCAUUCCAGCAGGUCCUGCAAGGCUACAAAAACAUGAUACCCAACUUCGACUCCUUCCUCUCCCAACUUUCACCUCAGGUGGCCCAGAAGUUGCGUUCAGCCUACCAGCUCUAA